CUUCACCUCGAAGAAGAACGCUCGCCGGAGGCAACGGAAGAAUCCUUCUCCUCCAUGGAUAGGGUUUGGGUUCUAUUCGUCUUCCUCUUCCUUAACAUAAUUUUCUGUUCCAAUGCAGAAAUAAAGAAACCAAGGAUCAAGAGCGACUCCCGCUCCAUGAUCCUAUUGGAAAAGUUUGGCUACACGCAGCGCGGAUUCGUCGAAAUCACCGUCACCGACGUCUCCUUAUCCUCCUCCUUAUCUACCCCCGACCCGGCUCUUUUCGGCUUCUUUCUUCUAUCUGAGGAGGAUCUAGUCCAAGCCAUUUUCGAAUCCCAGCAGCAAAACCCCGGUUCCAAUCCAAAUUCUAAUGGCAACAUUGUUUGCGUUCUCUCCCGUCCAUACAUCCACUUGCUCUUCACCUUCCGUGAUUUUUACAAAUCCUCGCAGAAUUCCUACAACACCUCUUUCCCGAUCACCCGCCCGGAUGAAUACAGUCUCUACUUCGCGAACUGCGCUCCCGAAAGCCAGGUAUCCAUGUCCGUUCGUACGGAGAUGUACAACCUUCGCCCUGAUGGCUCCCGCGACUUUCUUUCCGUCGGACAAGCCCCCGUACCGUCGAUCUACUUCUUAUUCUCUCUUGUAUACGCCGUUUUCCUUGCCAUCUGGUUAUAUUUCUCGCUUUUUAGGAACCGGCUCAACGUCCACGGGAUCCACCAGAUCAUGGCGGGCCUUCUUCUCGUCAAGGCCCUCAACCUCAUUUUCGCUGCCGAAGACCAGCACUUCAUCCGCCUUACUGGCACGCCCCAUGGAUGGGACGUCCUCUUCUACCUCUUCCAGUUCCUAAAGGGGGUUCUCCUUUUCACCGUCAUCAUUCUCAUCGGCACCGGCUGGUCCUUUCUUAAACCCUUCCUCCAGGACCGGGAAAAGAAGGUCCUCAUGAUUGUAAUCCCACUACAGGUCGUCGCCAACAUCGCAUCUGUCGUGAUCGGCGAGACUGGACCGUUCAUCCAGGGCUGGAUCACCUGGAACCAGGCUUUCCUCCUCAUUGACAUUAUCUGCUGUUGUGCAGUCAUAUUCCCGAUUGUUUGGUCUAUCCGAUCUCUUCGAGAGUCUUCGAAGACUGAUGGGAAGGCUGCGAGGAACCUGGCCAAGCUCACUCUUUUCCGGCAAUUCUACAUUGUUUUGGUCGGGUACUUGUACUUUACAAGGAUUGUGGUAUAUGCGCUUAAGACUAUCGCUUCGUAUAGGUACCGUUGGGUGAGCGUGGCAGCUGAAGAGAUUGCGAGCCUAGCCUUUUAUAUCUUCAUGUUCUAUAUGUUUAGGCCAGUGGAGAAGAACAAAAAUUUUGUGCUCAACGAAGAGGAGGAGGAAGAGGCAGCUCAGGCCGCCCUGAGAGAUGAGGAGUUUGAGCUCUGAGGUUGAGGACAGCGGACUUUCAACGUUAUCUGAUUUACAGAAUGAUCUGUUGCAAGACAGAACCAAUUGUUAUGCAGUUUUUGGUCUCUGUUUUUCUCUGAACUAAAGUCAACUGAACGGCAGUUCUAAUUUUUUGAAGCCGUAGAAAGCUCAACUUGACUACAUGGCUGCCAAAAGUGGGAAAAAAAAUCUUCUUUGCGAAAUGGAAGAUACUUGCGCAUUUACACUGCAAAUUUAUCUGUUUUGUCCAACCUAAUUUAGACGUCAUUAAUCUUCUAAUAGUUUAAAGGACAUUAAAUUUUACUGUUAGUGUGGAGGGAUGUUUAAAUAUUAAUAUGAUUGAUCUUGUAUGUAUUUUAAAACGGUAUUGAAAAUAAUUUCUUUCUUUGUAC